AUGCUCGGAAAACGGAAGCGAGAGACCGCUGUAGUCUCUAGACCUACUGAACAGGAGGAUCCUCUCGUCGUUCCACCCAACUCUCAUGAUUUGCUCAGAAGAUAUUUCGAAGCUCGGUUCGAGCCGCUGCAGGACCUGGAGAAAAAUGAGGAGUCGGCAGCAGACUCUUCAGGUGUAGAAUCUGAAGAUGGUAGCGCUGCUUCAGAAUGGGAAGGCAUUUCCGAUGAUGAUGGUGAUGAUGAUGACGACACGGGCAAAGUCUGGUCUUCCAAUGUGGUUGCGGAGGUGGUUGACCACAGUGGCGCCAAUAACUUAGAUAAACAUGAGGAUGAAAAGGAGCUUCGAAAACAUUUCAUGUCAACCAAACCACCAUCCUCGUCCCAGAUGAGAAAAUCUACCAGCAAGACAAAGGUUCCUACUUCCGACGACGAAGAAGCCACCGACGCUAUAAACCUAAAGCAUGACCUCGCACUCCAGCGUCUCCUGAAAGAAUCUCAUCUCCUUGAAUCUGCCGAUGACCUCAAUCCGACCGGGAAGAACCGGCAUCGCGCCAUUGACAUUCGAAUGCAAGGAAUUGGAGCGACUGACUCACUCUUCACACAGAAGAAGAUGCCUAUGGCUCAUCGAAAAGGGAUAGAAGCCAAGGGAGCUAAAAGGGAAGAUACAAGGCGUCGCGAAGCGAGGGAGAAUGGUAUUAUUUUAGAGAAACCCACCUCCAAGCGAAAGACCAGCAGCCAGAAAAGAGAACGCGGUAUCGGCGGGCCUUCAGUCGGAAGAUUCGCUGGAGGAACAUUGAGGCUGAGCAAGCGGGAUCUCAUCGACAUUCAGGGGCCACGGUCACGAAUCGGCAAAGGGAAGAAGAAGGGACGCAGGUGA